UGUGGGUGUAAAUGAAUUUCAAGUUUCUAGUGUGACAGUUUACACAUGUUGACGCAUAAAGGAGUUUGAGACAAUAAAAGCCCCCUAAAUGAACAAAAACAGACUCAACCUGCUUCGAGACAGAAAGAAAAUGUCGACUGUUUUCCAGCUUGGAGUUUUGCUUCUAUUUGUAGGAGCUGUGCAGUGUGAGGAUCGGCCCUUCGGCAUCAGAGGCCUCGAGGUUAAAUCGUACGAGCGCAAUCUGCAGAAAGCAGACGACGCAGAGGCUUUAUGUGAUGCGUGCAAAAAAAACGUUGACUACGUCUACAAAAUGAUUGGAAAUGAACUCUCAAAGUUCACCUUUGUACAAACUAAACUGCGUGAAAAACUGGUUAGGGCCAUCGGUGCUCACAUUCAACCACUCAAAGUCUGCAGAGAUCUCAAAAUGUGCUAAAGACAUGAAAACUAGAUAGUUUCAUUGUUUGUGGUUAUUUUGUGUACUUUUUUAAAUGUCCAAACCCCUUGACAGCCUGAUCUCCUAAUCAAAUACUAUGAAAGUGACCAAAAUGUUAUAAAUAUAUAUUCCCAAUUUCUGUUAUGAAUAAAUACUAAUCAUUAUUGGAAUUUGGAUUUAAAAAAUGAUUGAAGGUUUUGUAAAAUUUUGCUGUGUAAUUUGCUGUGUAAAAAACAAUUUUAUUAAAACAUUAUUGUAACACUUCAAUCUGAAGUGGAAGGUUAUAUUUUACUAAGUUGCAUUUACCAAUUUAUUGCUUGGAUCUAUCAGAGCAAAAGCUACUCAAGCUACUUAAAUACAUUUUUAUUUCUCAAAUGACUCAAUUUGUCUCUCAACUUCAUCCUGCAUUUUUCUGCAUAUUUUUUUUAUGGCACUUUUAA